CCAUCGCGGUUCCGUUAGCACGAUAGCUAGCGGGCAGGUCUGGUUGGGAAAGAGGCUGUAGAGAAAGGAGACUUGCGUAGCCAGACAGAUAUUGGUGGCUUCAGAUAUCCCCGGUUAAUCCUUCAGCUAACCAUUAUCCCCCCAUGCUGACCAGGAAGGGAAGAUAACGUUAAUAGCCUGGCACUGCCUCCACCUAAUUAGCCACAGUCAAUACAGUUAAAGGGGGCGACUGCGUGUUGCUUGGAGGAGCUUCUUAUUUUCUGUAGUUUUCAUUUAAGACAUUAAAAGUACUACCCGUCGGCUAACGGUGUUUUUUAAGAAUGAGGUUGCCGAGUAGCAGACAUUGUGCGACUGAAGGAGAUGGAAAGAAGAUGGACCAACCUCCUCCGUUUAGAAACCCUUUUGUGCACGUCUUGAAAUUCACUCCACUGGAAAAAGCAAAGAUUGCAUUAAUGACGGUGACUCUAUUCCCCAUCCGUCUGCUCAUAGCAGCAUUCAUGAUGUUACUGGCUUGGCCUUUUGCCUUCCUUGCCUCAGUGGGGCGCUCCGAGACAGUUGUUGAACCCCAGUGCCUCUGGAGAAGACUGGUGGACAUCAUCCUGAGAGUGAUCAUGCGGAUCAUGUGGUUUGCGGGAGGUUUUCACUGGAUAACUGUAAAAGGGCAAAGAGCUCUGCCUGCAGAAGCUCCCAUCCUCACCCUGGCACCCCACUCCUCUUACUUUGAUGCCAUUCCCGUUACAAUGACAAUGUCCUCGAUAGUCAUGAAGGCUGAAAGCAAGGAUAUACCUGUUUGGGGAACUUUAAUUAAAUACAUUCGGCCAGUGUUCGUGUCCCGAUCAGACCAGAACUCAAGAAAGAAGACUGUGGAGGAGAUAAAGCGGAGAGCUCAUUAUGGGGGAGAUUGGCCUCAAAUCAUGAUUUUUCCUGAGGGGACAUGCACCAAUAGAUCCUGCCUCAUCACCUUUAAGCCAGGGGCCUUUAUUCCAGCUGUACCAGUGCAGCCUGUUGUGAUUCGCUAUCCCAAUAAAUUGGACACAAUAACAUGGACGUGGCAGGGACCAGGAGCAUUUAAAAUCCUGUGGCUUACUCUAUGUCAGAUCCACAAUGAAUUUGUCAUAGAGUUUCUUCCCAUUUACACCCCCUCAGAAGAGGAGAAAAGGAAUCCUGCUCUCUUUGCUGUCAACGUGAGACGAAUCAUGGCUAAAGCCCUGGGGGUACCCAUCACAGAUUAUUCAUUUGAAGACUGCCAGCUGGCAAUGGCAGAGGGCCAGCUGAGACUGCCGGUCGACACCUGUCUGCUGGAGUUUGCCAAGCUCGUCAGGAGACUGGGGUUGAAACCCCAGAAUGCUGAAAAAGUGUUGCAGGACUACGGGAACCGAGCCAGGAAGAUGGAAGGGCAGAAACUUGACUUGGAAGGCUUUGCUCAGUUCCUCGAUGUGCCAGUUUCAGACAUGCUGCGUGACAUGUUUGCCCUUUUUGAUGAGCAUGAAGAUGGAAGCAUGGAUAUUAGAGAGUAUGUGAUAGCCUUAUCAGUUGUAUGCAGACCUGCCAAAACUCUGGACACAAUGAAAUUGGCCUUCAAGAUGUUUGAGGCAGAGGAAGACAGUGCCAUCACAGAGAGGGAGCUGGCAGUUAUACUGAAGACGGCUUUGGGAGUGACUCACCUCAAGGUGUCCCGUCUGUUUACAGCCAUUGACAUAGAUGACACGGGCAAGCUUACAUUUGAUAAAUUCAGAGGGUUUGUGGAGGAGAACCCAGACUUUGCCGAUGAGUAUCUUCACACUGAAAGCAUCGGUCCUCAGACUGGACCUUGCCACGAUCAACAUACCCAAAACAACCCGUCUUCUCUAAACCUGCAUGGCACUGCCAAUACCAAAACAGCCAAUGGUAUCUGUCCUGACUUCAGCCCUAAAUAUCACGAUGGCACCAUAGAUGCACUCAUGAAGAAACACAAAUAAAAGAGGUUUAAAGGAAAUUAGAGGAAGAAAAAAGCACCUCUCCUGGUGAGAGGGGAUUCUGUAAGAGGCAAUGAUGGUUACUUAUUAGUAACUUGUAGACACAGUAAAGGACUACAUUUCAUUUUUAGAAAAAGAAGUUUACCCUUUCUUAUUGGUAUUGUAUCCAUAAAGAUUCAGAUUUCACCCUGGACAUAGUUUGGUACACAAUUUUUUUUUCUCACAGAAAGAAUUGUCACAAUGCCAAAUAAUUGCUUUUUGGGAUACAAUGCCUAAAUACUUGAAGGGCAAGCACUUAAGAUUUCUUGGGGCAUUUUUAUUUUAGUUUUAUUUUCUCUCCCAUGCAUGUUUUUUACACCAAGACGCAAACAAUCUCUGGAUUGUAGAGACAUUUUUUUUUUUUUUUAAAUACCUUUUUUUUUCUUAAUGUUUUGUCCAUUUCCUCUUUUUAAUAGUAGCUGCCUUUUGAACUUUUACAUGAAAAUGCAGAAUUAAUAGACUCAUGUUAUAUUGAGCAGUUAUCCCUGUGAAAAAAAGAAGACCUGUGGGAACCAGUGAAGAAUGGCUGGAAGCGCUUAGCUUCAGCAGCCAUAUUUGAGGUUAUCUCGGGUCUCUGCACGUCAAUGGUUAAAAUUGCUACGAGUGUGUGUAUGUGUGUGUGUGUGUGUGAAUGUGUGUCUGUAAACACAGAUAUAUUAUUUAGCUCAGGGUUCAGUGAUAAAAAUGGAAAAAUUAACAAUGAUGUCAUGGUUUUUGACUAUUUGUAGGUAAUGUGCAUGUAAGCUGUUCUUUGCGCAGAUGAUCUCCUGUCGUUUCACUUCAUAGUUUCAUACAGAUUGACUUUCCAAUUUCUUUUGAUAUCACAGAACUUGGACCAAAAUACAUUGGGUGAUUUGAUUAUGCGCCCUUUUAUGUCUUUGUUUGCCUUUCAUGUAGGCAUGGGCCGGUAUGAGAUUUCUAAAAGGUAACAAAAUGACCAUGUUUUUCCAGUAUCACCAUAUUGACGAGAUAUUCAACGCCAUCUAAUAGCUUUUAUUUAAAAGGAUGUGAUAAAAUUGCUUUAUACCUCACACACCUGGAGGACACUUUGUCACUUUAUCUGGCAUCUCAU